UGUCUUGUUUUCUCUGUUUGUGUCUUGUUCUUGUCGUUUUGUGUCCUGUUUUGUCAUUUUGUGUCUUCUUUUUGUUAUUUUGUCUUGUUUUUGUCAUUUUGUGUCUUGUUUGUCGUUUUGUGUAUUGUUUUUGUCAUUUUGUGUAUUGUUUUUGUCAUUUUGUGUCAACGACACAAACUCCAGCAAAAUUCUCUUCCAGAGGCUGAAGCGAAAUUCGCUGAAUUUUGGUUGAUUUUUUUUUGUGAUUUUUUCCACCAAAAAAUGCUCAAAGAUUUCCCAAAAAUGUGUACAUCAGAAGUUUCAAAAUAUUUUUUUUUUCCACCACAUUUUCAAACUUUGAAACGGUCAAUUCUGACCCGCAGGACGACACAAACAUUAAACAGUGAAAGGUUUACUGACUUAAGAUGCAUUUAGUUCCUACUGUAAGGGUCUAAACUUUUAGUAUCGUCAAUCUAUGCUGUAGUUUUUCAUUUUAUAUCAAAGCAAAUACCUGCUGAUCAGUUUAGAAGUGGUGGCACAGCUGUGAAUCACUUGAACACGACCUUCCUAUUAGAUGUAAGUCAAUAACACCUGCCAGUAUUUAUUUUAUUAUGAGCAUUCAGUUACAGCAGUGCUUCUUGUUGUCCAUUAGAUGGCAACAAAUAGUAAGAAAAUUAAGUUUUAUCCAGCUUUUGCAAGUUUUCAAAGGUUUUUCAAGCAGAGAACGUGGACACAGUCCAUCAUGGCCUUCUUUCUGAGUGUCAUCCUCGUACGAUGCUGAUAAAUGAAGAAGUACAAACUGUUCCUGGUGUGUUAGCAGACAGAACAAAGCCCAAGAGACCUCAUUAGCAUGGCCUUUUGUUAGCUCGUCAUUAGCCCUGAGAAAGGCCAUCGCUGACUCUUUGUCGUGUCUUGUGGACACAUUAGUUAAUUGACUUGAGUCUCUCACCGCUCAUGGUAACGGUAUUUUUUAAUAAACCGAGGGCAUGCGGCCACAAAGACAUACCUGAGCAUCAUCAGGAAGCCUGGGAGAUGAUCUGGAGCUAAUUAAUGGCCUGAUGACAAAAAAAAGAGCAGAGAAUUAGUGGUUUUGUGUUUGGUCUGAAUGACGUCCAGAGGCUGAAGGUGUGGACGAAGCAGGACGCUAUAAAAGCAGCUCCUUUCUCCGUCUGGGAGUCCAGUUUUACAGGAUCCAGAAGAUGAUGUGGUUCAGCUCCAACAUCCAGAACGCUGCUGGGAUGGAAACGCCCAACAGGAAGGUCCUGGUUCUGGUCCUGAUGCUGCUGCUAUCUCAGCUGACCUGUGACGCCCAUACCGUGUCCGAGUGCUGCCGACAGCCGGCUCGCUCGUGUCGCCUCUACGUUCUGCUGUGUCGCUCCGGAACCACAGGAACCCUGAGCAGAGACGCCUCGGCCGGCAUCCUGACGCUGGGAAAGCGGGCCGAGGACGAGCACCGGCUGCAGAACCGCCUCCACCAGCUGCUGCAGGGCUCCAGGAACCAGGCGGCCGGGAUCCUCACGGUGGGCAGGAGAACCGAGGAGUGGGUGGACCGGAGCAGAACCUCCAUCAGCACACCUUUACCUGUCUGAGAGCAGCUUCACUGGGACUGAAAAUCUAGAUUCCAGCAGAGAAAUCGCACCGUUAAUGCACAAAGUGUACAAUUUUUACUCAUGUAGGAACAUUUUAGUGUUUUUGCUUUGAACCGUGAGUGUGAGAACUUUCAGAAUAUUUCUCAUGAUAUACAUAAAAGUAAAAGGAUUUGUGAUGUAAUAAAAAAAUACUUAAAGAUGA